AUGGAUAUCAGGACUGAAUCAGUAAGAGAAUUGAACAAGGAUGGGUUUGGGACACUUGAUAUAGCUUCAACUUCGGGGCACAUAGAGAUAGUGAGAGAGAUAAUAUUGAGGAGUACUGGUACCGCAAGGAAGCAAGUAUGCGGUUCAAAGGGCAGAGAGGGAAGGACAGCCAUUCACUAUGCUGCUAUCAAUGGUAAAGUUGAGGUCAUGGAUAAACUGUUUAUUGCUUGGGCUGGAUGUAUUAGAGAUGACAUAGCUCUUGGGGAAACUACAUUUCAUCUAGCUGUAAAGUACAAGAAGUUUGAAGCCUUUAGAAACUUGAUAGAAUGGAUGAAAUUUCUUUGUUUGGAAGAGCUCAUGAAUUGUGGUGAUGAAGAUGGGUACACAGUCCUCCACCUUGCACAUGUUCAGCUACAGCUUAGUUGUAAUAGCAAUACUGCCAAGAAUUUGGAAGUAAAUGCAAAAAACAAAAGGGGUUUGACAGCAAUGGAUAUUAUGGAUAUACUCAUAUUAGAGAACUCAACUGAUUUCCAUCUUCGACAAAUCAUUCAUCAGCAUGCUGGAGCUGCAAGCGCACAGCUGCAGCAUGCUGCAAUAAAUGUUGCUAACAAUCAGGAACAUGGUCCAACCCAGCCUAGUCCCGCGUUUCAAAUGGAUCCAGAUGUUGUAGAAGAUGAAAAGAAGCAGGACGGGAUCAAAAUGUUUAUGGCUUCAGAACCAAAGAGACUCACCUAG